AUGAGGUUUCCACCAAAACUGUUUCGCAGACGAUUGCUGGUUAUCUAUGCUCUUGUGGCCACGGUCACAAUAACCGCGGUGGGACUGUUGCAAUAUUCCGCGUUGAAGACCCAACAGCAAAAAAUCAACGCCCAGUUGGUUUCACGAGUAACUUCGGUGUUCAACGGCAAAUUGCGACCCCAAUGCGACAGGUUCACGUCCUACAAUAACAACCCGCAAGAUUUCUGGCAAUACUACGGCUAUGACGAGUAUAAUAACAACUUGGCCCAGAACGAGCUCACCAAACUGCUCGUGAUAACCUCUGAUCAGCAAACAGAGUUGCAUAGAUUGCACUCUCUUUUGCGCGAAUCGUAUCUCACCGAGAAGUCGUCGCUGUUUCGCAAUUUCCAGGACUUGUACUCGCGUCAUUUCGACGAAUCCAGCCAGGGCAUAGUCUUUGUGUCGGGCAAAGAAUAUUAUUGGCUAACCAUACUGUCCAUAAAGUACAUUCGUCACGAAUUGAAGGACCCAACCCCAAUUGAAGUGUUUAUGCCCUUUUACGAUAAAAAAGACCACUUCUGCAACAAAAUGGCGCUGGUUUUCCCAGACGUUUCCUGCUCAUACUUCAACAACUAUCUACCUUCCAGAACCGUUGCUAACAUGAAAGGUUAUCAGUUCAAGGCGUUGGCCCUGUUGCUUACCAAAUUUUCCAAUGUGCUGUAUUUGGACUCGGACAACAUCCCAAUCGAAGCCCCGGCCACCUUGUUCAAGAGCGAAAAGUACCUCAAACACGGCAUGAUUUGUUGGCCAGAUUUCUGGAAACGGUCGACCCAUCCGUCUUUCUACGAAGUCAGUGGACUGGGUCCACAGAGCCGGGUCAUUGCUUCCACGCCGUCUGUCGAGUCUGGCCAAAUGAUGGUCAACAAGAAAACGCAUCUGGAAACCUUGUUGCUGGCGUAUUAUUACAAUCUCCACGGUCCAGAUUACUUUUAUCCACUAUUCUCCCAAGGAUUUCCCGGAGAAGGAGACAAAGAAACGUUCUAUCUUGCCAGCAGAGUUACAGGAGAAGGAUCUUUCCUCAUGACGGGAAUUAAGACCAAAAUCGUCGGCUACAUCGACUCCCAGAACAUGUUCCAUGGCCAAUCGAUUUUGCAGGUGGACCCUGACGAUGUGAACAAAUACGCGUUUUUCCAUUGCAAUUAUCCAAAACUCCAGGUGGACCAGCUCACGCGGUCUUAUUUCUACGAUACAGACACAAAUACCAGACGCCGGUCUUGGCAGAUCAUGAGAGACGCCAAGAAAGAUAGCAAUGCGGGCGGAUUGGUGAUGUUGAAGAAGGGAAUCAAGUUCGAUUUGGAAUUACGGGUCUGGGUGUUGAUCUAUGAACUGCUCACAAAGGACUUCAAAGGGUUUCGGUUGUUCGAGACCAUCGGAAACGACGAGAUGGGCGACGUUGUCAAGGAACACAUCUUCUUCCUCAAGAACCAGGGCACAUUGAUUACGUAA